CAUGUUGGUAACUGGAAAUUCCCUUCCCGAUUUUAACAAUACAUUAAUGCAACACUUUAUUAUUCACAUAGUCUCAACACAAUUGGUUAAGUAAAUAUAGAUAGAUUGUGAACAAUGAAAUUAAGUUGAGACCAAAUGAUGAUGAAUUGUGUUGCAAUGGCUCAUUUUCAAUAAGUUAAUUGAGCAAGCAGUAAAAAUUGCAUUGAGCGAAAAUCCAUUAGAAGUCUGAAUCCAUUUGAACAUUUUAUAGCAAUGUGCUCACAUUACAUUUUGAUGACUGUGUUGAAAUCACCUGGACAUUAUGCAAUAUAAUUAUGUUCUCAUCUCAAAUAUAAAUGUAUUAACUUGAUUUCAAAUGUACUGCUUCAGUAUUUUCUGUAGAGCUGCUUAAGUUUUUUCAGUGUGUUAGCAAUUGUAUUGCAGCAUUCUCAUAACAAAAGUAAUUUUAUUAAUGGCUCAGGCAAGGGUAUUUUCAGUUAAUCCUGAGAGAGGGAGUACUUAAACAGCAUCUUAGGGAAUGAAAUGGCUAGUACAGACCCAGGGCAACCAGCUUGGCUGUCUCACUCAUUCUCCCAUACAAGCACACAUUUACACCAUUUACCAUGAUCUUUCUAAUGGAUUUACAGAUGAUGAUGUUAGACAUUGUAUACUUCAUCCUGCGUUCCUGUCUGCGGAUAGUGUUGAGACCACGUACUAAGCCCAUAGAUGGUGAGUUGGUACUAAUAACAGGCUCCGGAGGGGCACUGGGUCGUCUGUUUGCCCUGGAGUUCACUAAAUGUGGUGCUGAGGUUGUGCUGUGGGACAUCAAUGGAGAAACUAAUGAGGAGACAGCCAAGCUGGUGAAGGAACAAGGGGGCAAGGCAUAUGUGUAUACGGUGGAUGUGACGAACCGAGAAAUGGUGUACAGCACAGCUGACCAGGUGCGGAAGGAUGUGGGAAGAGAUGUGACCUACCUAGUGAACAAUGCUGGGGUGGUGGCAGGUGAGAGGAUCCUGGACUGCCCCGAUACCAUGGUGGAGAGAACCCUAAAAGUCAACUGCCAUGCCCUCUUCUGGACUGUUAAGGCAUUCCUGCCCCAGAUGAAGGCCAAUAACCAUGGUCAUAUCAUCACAAUAGCCAGUGUCCUUGGACUCUUCAGCACAGCCUAUGUAGAGGACUACUGUGCCAGCAAGUUUGCUGCUGUGGGCUUCCACGAGUCUCUGGCUCAUGAACUGCUGACAGAAGAGGAUGUUGAUGGAGUGAAGACCACUCUUGUUUGUCCUUAUGUCGUGGACACUGGCAUGUUUGAAGGCUGCAGGAUUAGGGAGGAGGUUGAACUGAUACUGCCUCCACUAGAGCCCCUCUACUGUGUACAGCAGGCAAUGAAUGCCAUUCUCAUAGACCAGCCACUAGUAUGCAUCCCCAGACUUACCUAUCUGCCCUUCCUGGCUAGAGCACUGUUUCCAUGGGAAUCCAACGUGGUAACAUAUCGCUUCAUGGGUUCAGAUAAGUGCAUGUAUCCAUUCAUCGAGACCAUGAGUAAGAAAAGAGCAGACAAUGGUGCCAUAAAAGCUGCUUAAACAUUACAAUUAAGGGGUAGUUCACAAACCAUCUAAAUUAACUCAACCCUGGAUGGAGAGACUGUACAGAUAUGGACUAAUUUGGACUGCCACAGCUCAAUUAAUAUGUGAACUACUCUGUUUAAUAUUAUGCAGUUUGUAUUAUGGAGAUAUUGGGAAAUAACUGCUUGAGAUGAAAUGAGUAUAAAAAUAACUUUUACUCCUGUUCCAGUCCAACUGCGAUCUGUUUUUCAGGCAGGUUAAUUACCCAUGUGUGAGCCAUUCAUCAACCACUGAAAUGGUUCAUGGGCUGAAAUGCGGAUUUUAAGAUGUUGGAUUAGAACUGGAUAGAGCAAAUCAACAGUCAUGUUAUCUGUUUCAAUAAUAAAAUACAUGUAUAUCCAAACAUGUGUCAUGAAUCAUGUAUCCAAUUAAUGUCUGCACUUCAAAUUACUAAUAAAGAACUGUAUAACUAGUCAAGAAUCCUAAUGAAACUUAUGGGAAAAUGAU